UUCGGUCCCUCUUUCCCGCGUGUUGUGUCUUAGAAGUGUUAUCUGCAGUGUCGACAUGGCUGUCAAAGUGACCAUCGCCCUCCUGCUGUUCCUCGCCGCCUGCGUCGCGACCGCCCACGCCUCCUCCACCGACGCCGCCCACGAGGAAGAAGCCUACGUCGAGAACGCCCUCAGAUUCGACGAGGGCGUGGGGGAAGAAGGUGCUAAGCGCGAGGGGCGUCUCUUCUUCACCGCCGGCUUGGAUAACAACACCCAAGUCAACAUUAAUAUCCAGGCGAUUUUGGUGACGAUCGCCUACCUCAUCGGGAUCGGGUUGCUUAUCGCCCUUAUCGUGGUGGUGGCGACUGGGGGCGGGUCGGCCUCGUGGGGGAGCUGGUUUGAUAGGAUCAUGCAGAGCCAAGGCUACGUGUACCAGCCUAACUACAACCAAGACUACUACUACCAGGACAGUAGUUACGCCGCCUACCGAGCCUUCGAGGAGGUACCACAGAAGUAUGGUAUCUAUGAGGAGGAAGAACAGACGCACGAAUGAGGAAGGUGCUUUUGGGAAUCUGUUUUAAAGGAAAAAAGGAA